AUGAAGCGCUCACGCGAACCUGAAGAGGCCCACCAUGAAGAGGUUGCACUUGCAGGCCUCAACACAGCAGCACCCGUCGGCGACAGCCAUAUUUCGCCGCCUGCUGCCAAGAUCGCCGGGCUUGAUCUUUCCAGCAAUGAUGGCGACCGCAAUAUCGAGAUGCAUUGCUCGCUCCCUCCUCAUAAAGAAGCAAUAAAAUUCUCAUCGUACGAUGCGUAUGAAGCCCAUUACAGGGAUCAGCAUACCAACCGCUGCGCCCAAUGUCGCAAGAACUUCCCGUCUGCCCACCUUGUCGGAUUGCACAUUGAGGAGAUCCACGACUCCUUCGUUCAGGUGAGAAGGGAGAAGGGAGAGCGUACCUACUCAUGCUUCGUGGACGGCUGCGACAGAAAAUGUAGCACGCCGCAGAAGCGAAAGAUGCACCUCAUCGAUAAGCACAUGUACCCCAAGAAUUUCUUCUUCGCCAUAACGCGGGAAGGCAUUGACGGCCGGCGGUCUCUAUUACUCGAAGACCGUGGCCGUGGUCGUCGGCAACAGAAGUCAAGCACCGCGCCGGCAUCGCGCCCAGGGUCGCCAUCGCAAAGCAUGAAAGGACACAAACCUGAGACCGUACAAAAACCGACUGUAUCAACAGAUGGCCGGCCUAUAACGGAGGUAGAACAGAAGAACCCCGAUCAACGGCCAGAUGAGGAUAUGGAAGAUCUGUCGAACGCCAUGUCGUCAUUAAGAUUCGUUCCAAUGAGCGUCCGCUUUGGACGCGGUGGGAAAGCUGGAUUCGCCAAACGCUGA